GUUUUUGCGGGUUGCUGCGGCUGUUACUCAUUUGCACAGAAAGCAGCCACCAUUUCCCGAAAUCUGAUCGUUUCGGUGUUUUUAUGCGCUGAGUUUUUAACGAAAUGCGACAUUAUCGCGGUUUUUAAAGUGCCAGAACUAAGUUAUCAUCAAGUCCGUCUCCAGGAACCGAUAUUCUGAAGACUGUUAUGGAUCGGCUCUGAAGAAUGAUAAUCUAAAAAACAUACUCAACAUGGAUGACAGACGAAUAGGAAUCGUAGCUGUGCCAUCUUCGUAAAUUUCGGAUAUCUAUAUCUUGGAAGUUGUCGGCCAUCUUUGAGGAAUACGCUGUUUGUCGUGUUAUCUUGUUCUUGUAACGACUUUGAUAAUCGAAUAAUAUGGCGACGGCACCGGACACACAGAUGCGCGGAGAGCAGAAAGAGAAGGGGAACAAACGGCGCAGUUUGUUCAGUCGUCGGAGCAGGAGUAGUCGCGGGAGCGACUCGGAGCCGCCCGUCGCAAACAACAUGGUGGCGCCGCCGACGCCCGGCAGUGCACGCCAGCUUGAGUUCAACCAGGCCAUGCACGACUUUAUGACGAUGUUCCCCAGCAUCGACCGCGACGUGAUCGAGGCCGUGCUACGGUCGAACAACGGCGCCGUGGACGCGACCAUCGACCAGCUGCUCCAGAUGAACGCGGACAACAAAGAGGAUGGGGAGAUCUACUCUGAUGAAGAUGAGGAUGAAAUUCCUCCAGAGGUGUUGAAUUUGGAGCCCUGGUACGGAGAUCCCACUUCAGGCCAGGUUCUCCAGCCAGACUCCAGCGAUGAUGAACCCCCUCCAGUGUACACCCCUCGGGCGGACCCCCCUCCUAGUUUCUUUGCCUCCCAGGGUAUCCCCACCCCUCCCCCCUCGUCCUCCCCUCUCUCUUCCCCCGUCCACCUAGUCAUGACUGGCAAGGAGCUGAACGUUUCAGGGUCUGGCGGAAGUAAGCCCUUCAGAAACUGGAACCCACCACUACUCGGUCAGCUGCCUGACGACUUCCUGAGAAUCCAGCCCACCCCUGAGCAGCUGAAGGCACAGGGCAUCACCGUCUCCCCUCCAAAGUCCCCACAGAAAGUUUCCUCCCCGAAACAGAAGCAGACGCCAAGACAGCCACCUGAUGUUUGCUUUUUACAUCAGGCUCAUGCAGAAAGUGGCCAUAUAGACAAGGACCUGCAGCAGUACCUUGAAGACGAGAGAAUAGCCCUGUUUCUUCAGAACGAGGAGUUCUUACGGGAGCUAAGGAGGAACCAGGAGUUCAUCAGUGCUUUGGAAAGAGAUCGAUUACGGGCAACGAGACACAGCUCCCUGGGGACAGAGACUGGAGACCCCCUCCCACCCCCACCCCCUCCCCCUCCACAUGAUGGGAAAGAUUUCAAUGGUCCGAUGCCCCCGUUGCCGCCCGUCCAUGAAAACGGCGGGUAUCACCACGGUGACGGGCUGGGGGCAGCUGGAGGGGCCUUCAGGGAUGAUGAUGCCAUGUUUAAGGAGAGACUGAAGCACAUGGGGAAAUCCACAAGAAAGAAGUUCAAUGAGCUGGCUAGGAAAUUCUCAAGGAGAGGAAGACCCAGUGGAAAACAACUACUAAGUAACUCUUCAGCACCCUCAACAGCCAAUUUGUUAGAGGAGGAAGAGUAUUUAGACGAUCAUGAUGAACAUCACAGGGAGAGACAUGAGAGGGAAAGAGAGCGACCAUUUAUAGAGCCCCUGCCCGGAGCAGGGGCGGCAGCAGUACACAGACAACAGCUGAUGAGACAGAAAUACGGGCUCACCGGUGGCAGUAACCAUGGAAACACAGAACCAAUCGUGUUCUACCAAGAGGACGACCACUUCCAGAUGAAGGAGUGGUGAAGACGUGGCAUAGCUAAUAAUAAUUGUAGCCAUAACCCUGUAUAUAUAUUAUAAGGAUUCCCGUAUACUAGACUUGCAUAUACAUGUAUGGCUGUCGUGUCCUCAAGCAGUCAACUAAGAUAUUUGGCAUUGAAAACAGGAUACAAUAUCUGGAAAAGCUUACAGUACUUUCUAUUCAGAACCCUCUAAUGCUGGUUAUGUACACGGAAAUUGAUAAUCAAAUCCAAAUUUCUUGCCAACGAUUGUGUGCUACAGUUAGCAACUUGGCAAGAUUUUAGACAUUUUGGGUCUUGCAGGCAAACAGUUUGGCAUUUUUUCCAUACUGGCCGAUCCGUAUACCACCAGUAUCUAUAUUAACCAGGAUAGAUUUGAAAUCUGCCAAAACAAAACAGUCUUGCCAAAAUUUUACCUUGUAUACAGUAUGUGCUGCAAGUGAAUCAUUAAUGUAUGUAACAUACAUUCGCAUAAUUCCACCAGGUGCCAUUGUACCGCCACCUCAAAAAACGUUGUUAUAGAGGCCCUCUCAAGAUUGUAUUCAACACGUAAUAUCUGAAUUGUAUUACAUUUAGGAUAUUUAACAUUCGGUGUUCAAGACAAUCUUGGGAAGACCUCUAUACUAACCUUUUUUUGAGGUGGCAGUGUUAUGGUACCUGGUGGAAUUAUGAUAGUCGAUGUUAAGUGGCCGACCAUAGAAUUGUACAGUCACUCUGGUUGAAAUGCACAACAAGACACAGGCUAUAUGUCUAUGACAUAUUUUAAAGAGAGCGUAUUCAUGUGCGGUAAUAUUGGAAUGGUUUCGAAUUUAAUCCUCUGUAUCAAUUAAGAAUACGAAAUUUUACCAAGCAGUCAAGUUCUUCUCAUUUGUCAAAUCUGUUUCUUUAUUUGCAUAAUAUAUGAUAAUAUUAUACUAUGCCACAAUGCAUGUAUAUGUACAUGUAUGCAUAAGAGUGGUGUAUGAAGGUUAGAAAGAGGAGUUAAAGGUGUCUUGUUAUUUUAAUAUCUUGUUAUGCCUGUACAGAUGCUAGUACUUUAUCCCAGCCCCUACAAAUCCUGUAUAAGAAUUAACAUGUUGUUGAUUUUGAUGUAAAUGGAAUGUUUGAAUGUUUAACGUGUACUUACACAAAGAGCAACAUGUACCACGUAUGCCUGAUAACCUAUUCAUGUACAUGUAUUAAGUCCAGGAUAUAAACCCUGUGUUAUUUCAUUGUACAAUACUCCAGAAUAUAUUUAUUCCAUUUUUUGUGUCCUUUCAUAGGUGUAAAUUUUGUGUUCAUGGAAUGUUUGAUUGAUUGGUAACGUUAGAUUUAUCUAUAGUGUAGACAUGCAAUGGGCAAGGGAACUGUUGUAGGAAGUGUAACGUGCUGGGCCAUAAUGCUUGGAUAACAUGGAAAGAAAAAAAAAACAUAAAAUCAUGGUGAAAUGUUUUCAGUACUAACAAACUUGGAGUCUGAUCAUUUAGAAAAGACUUUGAAGAGUUUCAAAUGGAAAGAGAGAAGCUAUAUGAAUUUACAGAAAUAUAAAUAUGUAUGUAGAUAUAAUGGGUUUUCUAGCUUGUGUUGCCCUACUUGUGCUGGCAUACUAUAUUGCUGGCACUUGCCCCCCUCCCCCUUCCUCCGGCAUAAAAUGUUUUUCAAAUCUCAGAAGAACAAGCUAAAAUAUAGCAUACAAACCUGUGGCUAUGUGAGAGUGCCUAACAAAUUUUCUAGUAUGUAUUUCUGAUAUAUAACUUAACGAAGGCAGUCCCUGAGCAAGGUAGUAUUAUGUUGGAAAAUAUUUUAAGGGGGAGGGGGGCAACCUGGCACAGUUUCUAGCAGUGAUGUGGGCCACACACAGUGAUUAAAUAUGGCAUGUGUUCCUUCAUCCCCUUCUCAUUAUACCCUUUGGUGCCAAACUAUAAGUGUCUACCUGAAAAGGUGUCAACGUCCAACAAUAUCCAACUUUUCAGUCAAGUAAAUUGUGGAAUUAUGGAUAAGAAAAUGGAAAAACAUUAUGUCCUUAUUUUACUCUCAUAAGAUGUUUUCAACAGCUGAAUGUGCACCUGUGGAAAGAAUAUUAGUUAUGCUUUAAUCAUCGAAUACUAUAAAUUGUUAAGAAAUUUAGAUGAUUUUCUGAUUCAGAAGUAUCAGUAAUAUUUUCAUUAGCCCCCCACAACAUACAUAAAGGUAUGUCCUGCAGCAAAACUAAUUGUAAAUAUUUAACAGGGUAUAAGAGACACAAAUAAAGCGACUAGAUAUUCCUGGAUUUGGCAAGACGUUUAUCUGUGCUUCCUGCAUUUAAGUUACUUUUAUUUCUAUGCUGAAUAGCAGUUACUCUUGAAAGCAACUCAAUAUGAUUUGGAAAUCGUCAGAUGUUUCAUGUAAUUCAUUGUGUAGCAUUCACUACUAUGGCUUAUCAACUGGAGGUCUAACCUUCAUUGACAUACAUUUAGUACUUCUACUGUCACCCUCUUGCAAUGCAUAACAAGGUAUUGGCUUUGUUAUACAGCUUAAAGUUGUGUCGAAACGGCUUUGGACGAUCUACAAAAUUUAGAGAGAACUUGCCAAGCAUCUUUCAGCAAGCAAUGUUCAUACAGGCAGUGAGACUUGAACUUGAAGUACAUUACCUGGACACCCGAUACCAAAUCUUGAUGUAGAAUUUCAUCCAUAGAAACAAGGCAAUGUGGACACACACACACACAGAAAAGAAAUUGUUCACCUCUGAGGAAAUACAGUAUACUAAGCACAUUUCCGAAUUGAAAUUCCUCCAAUAUGAUGUAACUGUUGUCAUUGGAAUCAUUAGAUAAACACAAGAGCACAAUGGACCAAUCCUUGAAGUGGACAUAGCAUGUUGCACCAAUACAGCCAAGUGAAAUUGUCGGUGGUACAAUGUACCAAUUAAGGUAAAAAAGAAACUAAUUAUAAUUACACAGUGUAAUUGUAGAUUGGGGAAUGAUCAUAUGCAUUCAUUGAUGUCAGUUUAAUUGACUCUGUGUGAAUCUUUUUAAAUGGAAACUUUACUGGAGGUCAACUGUGAGGUGGCUCUUGUUUAAGUGUGGGAGUGGGUAAGGGGGCAUUAAUAUUAGGGUGUAUGUUCAAGUGCAUUAUACAAGUCCAUAUGAGUUGUGUAUUCACGUUCUUUUGGUUUACAAAUGGGAAGAAGCUGUAGUUUUUCUUUCAAUUUUACUGUGCAGCCUGGUUAUUGUACAAAAAGAAUGACUUUUCAGCUGCAAAAUUUUACGGAAACCAGAAAAUGCAAAUAUGUAGCUCAUACAGACUUAAAUGUACAUGUACACACCAGUGUGACUGCCUCCUAAACUAUUGUAACAACUUGACAAAAUGUACAUUUAUGUGCUCUAGGGAGGAAGUAUGUGUCAGAUCAGCCAAAUUGGUUGAUUAUCGUCUUGUAUGCACUGUAAAGGGGAAUCUGAUACCUUUGAAAUCAGCAAAGUAGUUGCCAGGGGUUUUCUGCCAAAUUGAGACUUGCCUUUUCUCAGAGGGUGCUUUGAAAUUAGUAUGUAAAUAGGAAGGAUCAGUGUUGCGUAGGUGUGGGAAUGAUGCAAAAUGUACGUCAAAGGAUCGCAGAUGUCGUGUUUUGUAAGAAGUUCCUCCCAGGAAAAUUGCUUGUCUUAAACAUUAUUGCUGUAUUCUCUCAGCAGCUAUUUUGGAUGAAGAAAGAAUAUGAGUCUUUCUUCCAGGCAAUGCUUUAAGGUUUUCUUGAAGACAAUGUAGAAAGUUGGUGUACUAUUGUGACACAAUGUAUCCAUCACUGAUAUCUGAUCUUCACUUUCUUUUUUCAUAGCUCUGACAACAAGAAGGCAGCAUAACAAGUAUAGAAUGUGACUUUUUGUCUGACAUAAUAUCUUUGAGGAAGCUUUAAGGAAAUGACAAUGGAUUCUUUUCAGUGAUGGAUAAUAGUGGAAUGUUAAUGGCUUUUAGAAACUGAUCUAUGUUGACAAUUGUCUGAGGUAUUCCAAUAUGGCAUAACAAUGCUAUUUUGUAGAUGGGUUUUCAUGGCAGCCAUUUUGAGAGACUUGUAUAAAAGACUACUGUCGAAUGGGGAAAGACUAAAAUGAUGAAGGUGUGGACUGCAAAAGGAAUUUACAUGGUGAGAACAAGGGAAGAAAUGACUUUCCCGCAAAAAUGUUGCCUGGAAAAAGGAAAAAUAACAAAACUGCUGAAAAUUGCCUCUGUCUAUAAUUACAUAUACUAUUCUAGAUCAUUUCAGGAAUGAUACCUUCCAUUUUCAGUACAAUAGAGUACAGCUUAUUGUUGUUCUUCCAACAGUCUUGCCAUGAAUGAGUAAAUAGCUAAUUUGCAUAUUCGUGACGAAUGGUCAUUGUAUGUACAGGAGUGAAGUUUGUAGUUGUAAGUAUAAGGCUCGAAUUUUGUGAUACAUAAUUGGAUUGUUGUCUGGCAUUUUAACAGACACAGCAUUUAACAUUAAUAAGGAUUGUAAAAAGAAAAUGUAAUGCAAUACAUUCAAGUUCUGUCCAGCU